AUAUAAAAAUUCACAUAAAAAACAACAACAAUUACAAUAAUAGAAUUCCCAAGUUCUCAACUUGUCCAUUGAAUUCAAAGCCUACAUAAAGCCUCACCCCCUGCUGCAGCUUUCCUCAUCCAUUCAUCCUCAAACCACCUUGUUCUCCCCCCUUCUCCGUCUUUCUGGCAACAUGGGUUCACCACCACUUUGGGUUCUGCUUCUGGGUGUGUUGUUUAUGGCUUCCGGAACAAUCGCAGCUCCCCCUAAGAAGCCUGUAGAUGUACCAUUCUCCAGAAACUAUAUGCCUACUUGGGCUUUUGAUCACAUUAAGUAUUUCAAUGGUGGUUCUGAGAUUCAGCUCCACCUUGACAAAUACACUGGUACUGGUUUCCAGUCCAAAGGAUCAUACUUGUUCGGACACUUCAGUAUGCAAAUAAAGCUAGUCCCUGGAGAUUCUGCUGGGACUGUCACUGCCUUUUAUUUGUCUUCUCAAAACUCAGAGCAUGAUGAGAUAGAUUUUGAGUUCUUGGGCAAUAGAACAGGGCAACCAUACAUUCUUCAGACCAAUGUGUUCACUGGUGGCAAAGGAGACAGAGAACAAAGGAUUUACCUUUGGUUUGACCCAACCAAAGAAUACCACUCCUACUCUGUCCUCUGGAACAUGUAUCAGAUAGUGUUCUUUGUGGACGACAUACCAAUCAGAGUGUUCAAAAACUGCAAAGAUUUGGGAGUGAGGUUCCCAUUCAACCAACCAAUGAAGAUAUACUCCAGCUUAUGGAACGCCGAUGACUGGGCCACAAGGGGUGGUCUCGAAAAGACCGACUGGUCCAAAGCCCCAUUCAUAGCCGCAUACAAGAGCUUCCACAUCGACGGGUGCGAGUCGUCGGUAGAAGCCAAGUUCUGCGCCACACAGGGCAAGCGGUGGUGGGACCAAAAGGCAUUCCAGGACCUCGACGCCUAUCAGUGGCGCAGACUGCGUUGGGUCCGCAACAAGUUCACUAUUUACAACUAUUGCAGCGAUAGGGUGAGGUACCCCACAAUGUCGCCCGAGUGCAAGAGAGACAGAGACGCUUGAUUCAUUUCCAUCACCACCGAGUCCAAGUUCCCCCCUUAUAUUCUUCACUACCAUAUGAGAUCCGUCAUUGUCCUUUAGAUUUCAAUUGCUUGUUGGCCUUCACUUAUUUCCACAUCAAUUUCAUUAUAUGUAAUUUUACUCCGAAAACAUUUGUUUUCGUGAUAAUAUUAUUUAAAUAUAGAUCACAAUCUCUUGACCGGCGACAAGAGCAUUAUCUUGUAAGUAUAAGAAGCUUGGAUUCAAUUUCAAGAAAUAAAAAUCUAUUUUUAAAAA